ACCAGUAUUUUGGGCUAUCGACGACCGGAUGAGCACAAAAAGAGUCUCAACAGAGAGUUUCAUCAGCGUUUUCCGAAUGUCCAACUAACCCUGACAAAAAUGCGUAGUCUUAAACUCAAUCUUCUCUCAAUCGCCUUGAGGAUGAAUUUGGACCUGUGGAUCGUAGCCCACGCCUAUGUUCUUUUCGAGAAGAUGGUUUUAAAGCUGUUUGUCUGCAAGUCGAAUCGAAAGCUUUGCGCUGGAGCUGCCUUGCUGAUCAGUGCCAAGUUGAAUGAUCUGAAGGGACCAGCUCUACCUGUUUUUAUUCAGGAGAUUGAGAGCGAACUUCGAAUCUCCCAUCGAGAUCUCCUGAGAAUGGAGAUGGCGGUAUUUAUUGGAUUGGAGUUUUGUGUUUUGCCAAGCCCCGCUGAGACACAACCUCAUUUUGCUCAAAUUCAAAAGUCCCUUGGAGUUGUAUCUGUGCCGCGACGUCCAUCGAAUGCGUCGCACUCUCUCGAGGACGAUCAUGUCUUCACCUCGACGGAGUAG